AUGGACCGAAGGAAAAAGCCCUUGGAGGUCACGGCCUCCUCGUUGGUAGACCUUAAGGCUGAACUCUUUCGAAAACAAGAAGAAUUCAAACAAGAAAAACUUCUAAAAGAUUCUGGAGUUUUGGGAAAACCAAAAACAACUAAUAAGAAACCAAGUAUCUGGAACAAACAGAAUGCAGGAGUUUCAAAUCGCGCUGAGAAGGAUGCGGAACAGAAGAUUGAGGAACAGAAGACUUUAGACAAAGCAAGGGAAAAAUUGGAAGAAAAAGCUAAAUUAUAUGAAAAAAUGACCAAAGGAGACUUUAUAGAUGAAGAAGUGGAGGAUAUGUACCUUGUGGAUUUCACACAGAAGAUGAUAGACAAGCACAAAGAAAUGGAGUCAUUUGGUGCCAAUCGAGAUUCUAGAAAGGCAGGAGAAAGAGAUGAGGAUGAAGAAAAUCUUUCUGAAACAGAUAUACCUCCUCCCCAGGACCCCAGUGAAGAAUGGGUGGACUAUGUAGAUUCCUUAGGGCGAUCCCGGCGCUGCAUGAAAAAGGAUUUGCCACAUCUGCUGGAGAUGGAUAAAAAUCUUCAGGGGAGGCUUUUUGUUAGUCCUGCUAAUGAAAAGACCUUACUGUCUGAAGACAUGAGAAAAGAACUUCAGCGCCAGCAAUGGGAGGAAGAAGAACGGGAGGCCCUGAAAAGGCCAAUGGGGCCUAUACAUUAUGAAGACAUUCGUGAAAAUGAGGCCCGGCAACUUGGUGUUGGAUAUUUUGCCUUUGCCCGAGAUAAAGAGCUAAGAAACAAGCAAAUGAAAACUUUAGAGAUGCUGCGUGAACAGACAACAGACCAAAGAACAAAACGAGAAAAUAUAAAAGAAAAGCGAAAGGCUAUGUUAGAAGCAAGACUUGCUAAGCUUCGACAAAAAAAGAUGAAAAUAUCGAAAGAUGAUGGAGCAGAGGAAGAAAGUAAAGAUGGAAAUGUUAUUGGGCCUUUGCCACCAGAACCAGAGGCCAUGCCAACUCCACCUAUAGCUGCCCAGCGUAGCAAAGUGGAAGUCAUCGUUCAAGAGAGGAAGGACACCAGACCUGGAGUGCCACACGUCCGGGAGUGGGACAGAGGAAAAGAAUUUUCCUUUGGGUACUGGUCGAAGAGACAGUCAGAUCUCCGGGCGGAAAGAGAUCCUGAGUUUGCCCCACCGUCGGAUUACUUUGUGGGUCAAAAGAGAACUGGUGCUUUCAGUAGCCAGACAUGGAGCAGACCUGCACCUGCCCAGAGUGACGCAGGGCAGCACCCUGGCCAAAGCCAUGACCCCAGCUGUUCGCAUACAUCACCUACUCCUGCUCCCAGCAGUCCACCACAAGCCCCCAAGGUCACUUUUGAAACUCUGGAUGAUAUGAUAUCUUAUUAUAAACAAGUGACAUGA